CCUCUCUAUACCCAACCAUCACCAUCUCUCCUAUUAUUCAAGCAUGGCCUCGAGAAGUCAACAGCCACAACUUGAUCAGAAGAAAAUUGAUGAAUACAUCGAGAAGAUUCACUACUCCGACCGGUACUCAGAUGAUCAAUAUGAGUAUCGUCACGUCAUACUCCCCAAACCCCUCUUCAAGAUCAUCCCAAAGGAAUACUUCAGUGACGAUGACUCUGGCACGCUGCGUCUGCUUUCGGAGGCUGAGUGGAGAGGAAUCGGAAUCACGCAGAGUCUGGGAUGGGUGCACUACGAGGUACAUGCGCCGGAACCACAUGUUCUGCUCUUCAGACGGGAGAAGAACUUCGACGCACAGCUUGCUCAGCGACAGCAGCAGGCAGCUUACGAGCAACAACAACAGCAGUACGCAAAUGGGAAGGCAGCGACGAGGAAUGUGCGAAAGAAGUAGUCUCCAAUCUUAGGUGCAUUCGAGCUCGUUGAUUGUGGCGUGGAUUCCGUCGUCGUGACCGCCGCAUAUUUCAGCUAUCCUCCAGGUCAACUCGCCCUUCACUUCCUCUGUAUUAUCUCUGGUAUACAUCUGCAUAUGUCCGUUUUGUCUCACUGUCGUUGCCGGAUGGCCCAUAUCUCGUUCCGUCCUUGUCUUGCCUGCCGCUUUCGUACGUACUCUAUGACUCAUGAUAGAUCGUUGUAUUUCGGUUCGAUUGUGUCUUGCAUUCAGACCGCAACUGAAGAGCAUUAUUUUAUUAGAAC